AUGUCAGAUCCUGAUGUCUACCUGGUCAACUUCAGGACCAUGAGCAACCACACGGAGUGGUUGGAACCCGUGCAUCACACAUCAUGUUCACCUGAAUGCAGGACGUUUCUUCGAUUGGCUGGGGACCCAGGAGGAUAUGACAUCACACUUAGAGCCAUCCGACACAAUGCUUCAGUGGCGACCAAGACCUUCCACAUUGCGCCCCUCUCAUCCCUGAAGGCAGACACCACCACCACCACCGCUCUGCUCACCUGCACGCUGCAGACAGGACACACACUCACCACGCUCAGUUUACAUGACACCAGCUCCCAAACCAGCACGCACACCUGUCAGACGCAACCCUCAGGAACACGCUGCCGGUGCGCAGUGACAGGUUUACAGGCUGGGACGCGAUAUAGUGUCCAAGCGAGUGUGACCACCUUUCUUCCCGCCCUCAACAUCACCUCAACACAGAGACUUCACGUCGACAUCGAAACAGCCAAGUGUCCCAUUGGCUGGCUGGCUAGCGGGCGGAGUUGCUACAGCAUAAGGAGGAGGGGUUUGAUGUGGGUUCAAGCCCAGAGCGCGUGCAGGGGUGUGGCUGGAGGAGUUCACCUUGCUGACCUCAAAACCCAGGAGGACCUCCUAUUCAUGUCCACACACCUGCUUACCCACAAUUCACUGCUGCUGCUGUGGACUGCACUCCAUGAUCGAAAGGAAGAGGGUGGCUCUCGCUGGUCCGAUGGCUCCGUCUACAACCAGACCAACGAGGUGACAUCAUCACUGCUGUCCAAUCAGACAGACUGCUUUGCCCUCCAGAGGAAUGCCACAGGGCCAGGCUACUUCCUAACUCCAUUCUUCUGUGGCAUAUCUCUCCCUUUCAUCUGCCACCACCAGAUCCCUCCAGUCCCUCCCUCGUUCUCCUUUGAGGUGGUGCAGGUGACCGAGAGAGCGGUGGAGCUUGGCUGGGGUGACCUCUCUCCUCUGAAUGCCAGCCUUCAGUCUGUCCCUCAGGUCUGCGUGCAGUAUGAAGAGGAGGAUGGGAAGGAGGGGACAGGGAGGAGUGUCAGCAGCAGGGUGGGAGGUAUGCGGGUCCCUGUGUCUCUGUCAACCAGAGGGGCUAACAUGACGGGUCUGUCCCCAGGGAGGCUUUACUCUGUCUCCCUCACAGCCUCGGAUCCAGCUGGGGCCUCUUGGAGCCUCGGACGUAUACACACAGUACACACCAGGCCCCUCCCUCCUCAGAACGUCUCUGUGGGAAACAUCACAGCCAAUCAGAUCACGGUUCACUGGGUGGCCCCCGAGUCCCAGCAUGCAGAGCAUUGGCGGGUCAUAGUUCGCUGGGUGGACAUGUCCUCAGGACAGGAGGGAGUCCACAACGUGUCCAGGAGAUCUGGGAUUGGUGGACGAGAGACAUACUCUGCUGUGAUUGGACAGCUGGAGUCGUUCAGGAAGUACAAGGUCGGAGUUCACACCGUCACAGAGGGCGGGGUGGAAAGCUGUGGAGAUACAUCUCUGAUACGCACUGCACUGAGGCCCCCAAGUCACCUGACUGUGUCAAGUCGAGAUGGAAACCUCACCGUGUGCUGGACCCCCCCGCCAGACGAACAGCCUGAUGGGUAUGAAGUCAAGGCACAACCCGGCGACGGAAUAGGUCCGAGCCCUCUCUGGGUCAACCACUCCAGCCCCGAUGCACUGUGGGUACAUGAGCCUGUGUGCGUGGUAGUCGUGGACCCCCUCACCCCAGGUCAGACCUACGAGGUAGGGGUGGUGUCGUUGAGGGAGAGGAGCAGGAGCCUGGAGAUCAGCACUCGUCACACCACAGAGCCGUGUAGAGUGCCGCUAGCUGUACCUCUCUCCGUGGGCAGCGAGUCCGUGGUCGUGUUCGUGCAGACGCCACACCUCGGCCUGUUUGACGGCGUCAAGGUUUGUGCGUGCGAAGGCAGGUGUGACGGGGGAUGUGGGAGGAAAGUGUGUGACGAGGUGUGCGAGGGGUCUCCCUUCCCCCCGGACACACACAACGUAACCCUUGGCAACCUAAGUCCCGGAGUGGAGUACCGACUGAGUGUGUACACAACUAGCAAAGGCCGGAUGAGCCCUCCCUACCACCUAACACACCCGAUCAGGACAUGUUUAGCCCCUCCCAGCAUCGUGAGAGAGGGAGAGGUGACGGUGUCGUCUGUAGAGUUGCAGUGGGACCCAGCACCAGGACAUGGCCACACCUAUGAGGUCAUCUGUUUGGACUGCGAUCACACCUUCAAGGUGUUAAAAGUGUCAGGUCAGAGGGCAGUGUUUACAAGUCUAACACCAGGCAGACUGUAUCACUUCAGAGUACGGACAGAGAAGGAGAGAUUUACAGACAGCCCUGCUGUUACCUUCAACAUUACAGCAGCCCCCAGUCCAGUGGAGGUGAUGGUGCUCAGUAAAACGACAACUUCAGUGACGCUCGUCUGGGGGGCGGCCAGGGGAGUGGUCAGUGGAUACAUCCUGUCAAUCAAAAACCAAACCUCCAAUCAACAGCUAAACCUCACAUCCCUGGAGCAUAGGUUUGAAGACCUGGCCCCUGGUAGCUACUACACUCUACAAGUCAGCAGCACCAAUGGAGAGAGGAGGAGUAACCCUGCUACUGUCAACAUCAGCACCAUUCCAGAAGUCCCUCAGGAAGUGAUGCUGAUUGAACAGGGCGUGACCUCUGUGUUUGUGAGCUGGAGGCCACCACCAGGGGAAGUGAAGGGGUACAAGCUGUCUUUUGGCCUGGUGGGGAACAGGAUGUUGUGGCGUGAGUUGCUUGUCCAGGGUACCAGUUUAGAGAUUGGGGAUUUGACCCCAGGGUCAGACUAUGGCCUCAGUGUUCAAACCCUACUGGGGUCAGACUCCAGCCAACCUGUCAGCAGAGACUUCUACACACGUCCUGCAGGUGUGUGCUCCAUCUCCCUUCUGCAUGUUAACUCCUCGUGUGCCAUGCUGAGUUGGGACACUGCCGUUGGUCACUUUGACUUACACAGAGUGACCUUGGCUGAGGGCGCCGACACACGCGCGCUGAGCGUCUCCAAGGAGGAGACGGUCGCCACGUUGACUGCGUUGAGGGCCGGCUGUAGCUACAACGUGAGCGUGGAGCGAGUGAGGCGAGGAGUGGCAGGGGCCGCGGCCUCUCUGACCGUGACCACGAUUCCAGAGCGUCCACGAGGUGUCCGUGUGGUGAGUGUGUCGGCGCGGGCCUUCUCUCUGCGCUGGGAGAAGUCUGAGGGCUGUGUGGAUCAGUACCACGUCAGCCUGCAGCCUAGCCAAGGAAGGGUUUCUGUGUACCCCACACCCUCGGGACACGUACAGGCCAACGUGGUAAGUGUAAGUCCUGGAACCCAGUUCACGGUCACAGUGACAGCAGACUCUUCCUCCAACAUCGGCCCUCUCGUCAGUCGCAUAGUGAACACCAACUUGACAGUUCCCGGUGCUCCAUUUAGACUGGAGGGUAAGAGAGUGGGAUCCAAAGGACUUCUCCUGUCUUGGAGCAUGCCUCCUGACACUGCCAUCGUUGACGAAUAUGUCAUCAGGUACAAGGAGAUGUGUCCACAUCCUGACCCUAGCUUCACACAGGUGACCUCAGACGGGUAUGUACCUGAGACCUUGCACUCCAGCUUCACUCCUGGGUCCACCUACAAUAUCCAGGUAGCAGGAAAAAACUCAGCAGGCGUUGGACCAUUCAGCAAGUCUUUAUACAUAAAGACUGCUGAGGCCUCCCCUGGCCUGGUGAACAACUUAAGUGCCUUUGCUGAGAACCACACCUUCGUAGCAGUUACCUGGUACCUGCCUGAAUUCAUCAACGGUCUCAUCACCAAGUUUGCGGUGAAAGCCAAACACGCUCGCACGGGUCAGACUGUCCGGACACUUGAGCUGAAUGCUGAGGACAUCAUGACUGGAGCUCUACCGCACUGCAACGAUGCAGCAGAUAUCCUUUCUCGUGGGACCCCCAGUCCGUCAGAGGUGACGGCCUCUUCUCCCCCCAUCACCCUGUCGGCCGUGCCCCCCGCCGCAGCCUGGAGCGUCCCCAUCUCUGUGGGGGUGGACAAGCUCCGCCCCUACACCGCCUACGUCUUCGAGGUGUCCGCCUUCACUUCUGAGGGGGAGGGACAGAUCGCCUCCACCAUGGUCCGCAUGCCAGAAUCAGCCCCUGAGGACCCUCCUCAAAACCUCUCUGUGUGGAACGUGACAUCCAGGUCCAUCUCUCUGUCCUGGGACGCUCCCUCCAUCAUCACAGGGAGGUUCUCCUACGUCGUUUACCUCUAUGGACCCAUGGGGUUAAUCUUUGAAAACAGUACAGGAGACUUGAGGUUCAUCUACUCUGGUCUGACCCCCUACACCAGCUACAGAGUGGAUGUCAGGGCCAAGUCUGCAGGGGAAGUAGGUCCUGAGACACACAGAGAUGUACUCACACCUGCUGAGGCCCCCAGUGCAGUGCAGGAUCUGAAAGCAGUAGCGGAGGACUCGGUGUCUGUGCGUGUGAGCUGGAGGAUCCCAGCCCAGCCCAACGGCCUCAUCACCCACUACAGCCUCCUGGUGCUGUCAGCUGGGACCCUGCUCCAGGACAUCACCCUGUACGGACAACAGGACCUGAACGGGACUGGUCUCUAUGGCAAUGCAACACCACCUCUAAAUGUCUACAACAACUCUCGACGGAGUAAGAGAUCAGCUGACUUCAGCUUGACCUCCUCGCCUCCUGCCUUCACGGUCACGCUCUCCGACCGUGCGCCCCCGACCAGCAUGGCAGUAUCCAGCCUCACCCUCAGCGCUUCAACCAUUCCUAACCACAGCCUCAGCCCCACCCCUGACCGCAGGGUCACUACAAGCUUCCUUCCCAGUGGUACCAGUCUGCCCAGUAUGGCGGCCAGGACUGGGACCAGCCCUAACUCCGCCUUCCCUCCGACUAGAAUCUCUGUGACCUCCCCUUUCUCUGUGACCUCGGCACCCAAAGCCACGCCCCCACCUUGGCUGACAAACCAACCACAGACCAGAGACAUGACCUCAUACCCCGUCAGCCCCGGCCAGCCACGCCUCUCCACUCGCGCUGCCGUCACAGGAAACGCAGAUGUGCCGACACACCCCUCCACACAGGCUGCCUCCACUCUCUCCUCGGGAGGUGUGUUGCUGACAGAGAAACUGGGGGAUAUGUUGUUGGAGCAGCAGUCCCACCUGGUGACUGGACUGAGCCCCUUCACUGAGUACACCUUCACAGUGACCGCCGCUACUGUCAUGGGGGAGGGUCCUUCCACAAACACCACCGCAAAGACCCGCGAGCAGGUACCCAGCUCAGUGGUGGGUGUGUCCUACCAGAACAUUAGCUCCACCUCCAUCCUGGUGCGAUGGUCUCCACCUCAGAGCCCUAACGGACUGAUCACACACUACACCCUCUACGGCCAGAAACUAUACAUCAACCAGGCACUGCAGCGAGUCACUCAAAACACCAGCAUACUGCUCACAGGCCUGGAGAAGUACACUUGGUAUAAAUUAAGAGUGGCGGCGUCAACGGCAGUAGGAGAGAGCUCUUUGUCUGACAAAGACAACAUCUUUGUGGUCACUCCAGAGGAUGAGCCAGACUCCCCCCCUAGGAACCUGACCGUGGUAGAGACCACUCCCUCCACUGCCACUCUGGCCUGGUCCCCCCCAGUGAAGGCCAAUGGGGUGAUCCAACAGUACGAGGUCCUCUAUGAGAACCAAUCGUACUCUGCCAUGCUGAACUCUUCCUCUGCCAGAGUGACUUUGAGCCAGCUGAAGCCGUCCUCCUACUACAACGUAACUGUCAAGGCAUACACACGCCAUGGACACGGGAACCAGACCUCCUUCCCACUGCGCAUGCUGUCAGGGGAGGAUGUUCCAGGCAGUGCUCCAUACGACCUCUCCUAUGUAUCCGUCAGUCCCAGUGAGGUGAACGUGACCUGGAAGCCUCCACUGGUACCCAACGGGGUCAUCACACACUACAGCAUGCAGCUGUGGAACUCCUCCCACUACCUCAACCUCACCUCCCCCACCAGCCACGCCACCAUCACCCACCUGAGGAAGUACGCCCGCUACCGCCUCACCGUGCAGGCGCACACUCGCGUCGGCCCCGGGAACCAGACCAGCGAUCCACUCAACAUCACCACCCUGGAGGAUGUCCCAGACACGCCCCCUCAGUUCCUCCAGGCCAGGAAGUUGUCAGACUACCAGGUAGAGUUGUCGUGGGAAGCUCCUCUAGAGGCCAACUCAGAUAUACUCUACUACUUGGUCAGAGUCUGGAAUGAGACGUCAGAGCAGUGGCAGAACAUGACAGAGACUGUGGUGGUGAUCGAUGUGGUCUCAGAGAGCCGCUACAACGCCUCUGUAUCCAGCUGGACCCGGCUGGGGGACGGAGGGGUGCUCAUAUAUAUCAGCUUCACCACCACCGACACAGAGCCCUUUGACCCCCCUCAGAAUGUGUCAGUGGUGAACGUGACCUCCUCUGCUGCCACUCUGCUGUGGAACCCCCCCACUCAGCCCAACGGCAUCAUCACUCACUACACCAUACAAUACAUGGACAACACCACUGAGAAACAGCAGAGAGCCCCAGUGUCUGUGCUGGCCCCUGGGCCCCUGGGCUGGCUGUAUUCCUACCGCCUGUCUGGUCUGUUAGGGGGCAGUAACUACAGUCUGUGGAUGACCUCCAGCACCAUACAGGGAGACGGAGGGGUCAGGAGCGCCCCCCUGACCAUGCUCACUCCUGAGAGCGUCCCCAGUGACCCGGUCCACAACCUGAGCGCCCAGAUCUUCAGCUCCACCGCCAUCAUCGUCAGCUGGGACCCUCCCCAGGAGCCCAACGGACGCCCCUUCUACCUGCUCACCCUAGAAGAGGCAGGCCACAUACCCGGCCCCCCAGGACCCAACGCCGGCCCCUCCCUGGUCAACAAGACCAUCACCAAGACGACCACAGACAACGUCUUCCUCUUCACCAAACUCAGGAAGUACUUCCCCUACGUGGUUACGGUUACUCCGGCAACCGGAGCCGGCCCGGCCCACAAUCACACCAGCACGCUGCAUCUGAGGACGGACGAUGACAUCCCUAGUUCUGCCCCAGUGCUGGUGUCCAGCAGGAAUCUGUCCUCGUCUUCUCUGUAUGUGGCGUGGCAGCGCCCCCUGGAGGCCAACGGAGAAAUAACCGAGUACCUUGUCACUCUGUUUGGCCCCGGAGGGUCCAACACCACCCAGACCCCCAACACCACCCUCACCCUCACCCAGCUCCAGCCCUACACAUCCUACAACCUCUCCGUCACCGCCGCGACGCGCAAGGGCUCGGGCCCUGCUCUCCUGCUGCUGCUGCACACUGACGAAGCAGGGCCGAUGUCCCCUCCAAGGAAUUUAUCCAUCUCUAACCAUACUGCCUCCUCUGUGUGGCUCAGCUGGGAGCCCUCAUUGGAGCCUAAUGGAGUGGUCACACACUACGGCUUCAGGAUCCACGAGCUCAACACACAGACAGUCUCAUACCAGAACUCCUCAGGUCCGUGGACGGCAGCCCACCUGGCAGGCUUCAGGCCUCACAGCUCUUAUGAGAUAAGUGUGUGCAGCUACACCAGAGUGGGCCAUGGAGACCAAUUCAGCCUCGCUGUCUCCUUCACCACCAACGAGUCAGUGUCCGAUGCUGUGAGGAACCUCUUGUGCUCAGGGGUGAGCUGGGACUCAGUACAGCUGACCUGGGAACCCCCCACCAACCCCAACGGCCAGAUCCUCUUCUACCAGAUCCAGGUGGACUCCCACACACACUCCCUCACACACCAGGCCCCCGCACCCCAGUACGUGGUGAGUGGCCUCCACCCGGAUGAAGAAUACACACUCACUGUGACGCCCGUCAACUCCGCUGGCCCUGGGGAGAAGAUCAACUGCACUGCUGACACACAACCUGAGUCAGUUCCAGGUGUCCCUCGGUUCCUCAACGUGUCUGGGGUCACGCCCACGACUGUGACCCUGCGCUGGGCUCCGCCCCUCUCCGCGUCGGGCAUGCUCACUGAGUACCACAUCACCGUGGAGCUUAUUUCCACCACCUGCCAGUCAGACGGGAGCCCAGGCUCCGGGACACACACGGCCCCCGGUGGUGAGCCUGGCCCCACUCUGGGCCCUGGCUGUGUGGAUUCCAGGAAGGUGGUGCCUGUGAAUGGUUCUGGUGGUUCUGGGGAGAACCCGAGCGUGACCCUCCGGUCUCUGGCCAAGUACAGACAGUACCGCUUCAGAGUGGUGGCGCUGACCAACGCUGGGGAGGGGGAACCCACACCCUGGAGCUCCACGCGCACACUGGCUGGAAACCCGGACGCCCCUCCUAGUGCCCUGGCGGUGACCCCCACGUCUAACAGCCUCCGCAUCCAAUGGGACGCUCCCGCGGUGCUCUCUGGCCCCACCUCCUAUCUCAUAGACAUCUUUUCUUUGGAUAGCAUAUGGGUCAACCGCUCUCUGGUCCGCGCUCCCGGUGAGAUGAGGACCCUGGUGGUGUCUAACUUGACGGCGUUCACUCGCUACUCUGUGACCGUGACCGCGUUCACGGGACUUGUGGUCAACGCUCGGACGGACGGGAAGGCGAGCCCGCCCCUAAUCAUCCGAACUCUGGAGGAAGAGCCCAGAGACCCCCCCACAAACGUGACCCUGCUGGUAAUUCCAGAGGAAGUGACACGUGUGUUGGUGAACUUUGCUCCCCCCGAGGAGCCCAAUGGGAACAUUAGCUCCUACACAGCCCAGGUGUAUAGCCAGGGUAAACUGCAGAUGACCAUCAAUGACCUGGUCGUGGUCUACCACAAGAACCACACCCUGACCGCUGUCAUAUAUGGCCUGAAGGGAGGACUCAACUACAGCAUACGGAUAGCAGCAGUGAAUGGAGCAGGUUUAAGCCCCCCCAGCCCAGAGGUGAAAAUCACCACAGGGAUCAAAGCCCCUGCCAAGCCCAGCAGCAGACCGCAGGCAAUGGUGGACCGUUCUGGAGUUGCCAUAGUAACCUCCAGGAGCAUCAGCAUCCUCAUGCCCCACUGUUACUAUAGCGAUGACAAUGGGCCAAUCAGUAGUAUCCAGGUCAUUGUGGCAGAGUCAGGUGUGAUGGACAGCAGGAAUCUGACCAACUGGCAGAACGCCUACCUCCAUCGUCCAACCCCCUACCUGACGGACUCGGGCUUCCCUAACCCUUCGUGUGCCAGGGACGCACCGCCGGACAGGAGCGUGUUCGUACGAGACGGUGGCGAGCGUCUUCCAGACGUGUACGUGAUAGGAGAGGACGACCACUGUCUGGCCGAGGAGAGGACGGACGCGCUCUGCAAUGGACCCCUCAAACCUAACACUGUCUAUGUAUUUCGAUUCCGGGCCACUAACAUCAACGGACAGUACACUGACUCGGACUUCUCCGAGCAUGUCAGAACGGCAGUGGAUGGGUUGUUGACCCGGGAUGAACAGAUCAUUCUGGGCGUCCUCCUCUCCUUCUUCCUGGCUGUGCUCCUCAUCCUCAUCAUCUACGCCUCCGUCAGGAUUCGCCAGCGCCAGAAGGAGGGCGGGACUUAUUCUCCCAGAGAGGCGGAGAUUAUUGAGACCAAGUUUAAACUAGACCAGCUGAUCACUGUGGCAGACCUGGAACUGAAGGAAGAGAAGCUACACCGGUACUCUUCUUUCUUCUUUAGACGGAAGGAGAUAUUUGUCAUCCAGCUUCUCAGUUACAGGAAGUCCCUCAAACCGGUCAAUAAGAAGUCCUUCCUGCAGCACGUGGAAGACCUGUGUGCCAAUGACAAUUCCAAGUUCCAGGAGGAAUUUUCUGAGCUUCCCAAGCUGCUGCAGGACUUGGCGACCUCAGAUGCAGACCUGCCCUGGAACAGGUCCAAGAACCGCUUCACCAACAUCAAGCCAUACAACAACAACCGUGUGAAGCUGCUCUCGGAGCCAGGCAUGCCCGGGUCGGACUACAUUAACGCCAGCUUCAUCUCUGGCUAUCUGUGUCCUAAUGAGUUCAUAGCUACCCAGGGUCCUCUGCCUGGCACUGUGGCAGAUUUCUGGAGGAUGAUUUGGGAGACCAGGACACGCACCAUCGCCAUGCUCACACAGUGCUAUGAGAAGGGCAGGAUCCGGUGUCACCAGUACUGGCCGGAGGACAACAAGCCGGUGACAGUGUUUGGCGACAUCAUCAUUACCAAGCUGACCGAGGACGUCUACCCAGAUUGGACUGUCAGAGCACUCAAAGUUGAAAGGCAUGGGGACUAUAUGGUGGUCCAUCAUUUCAACUACACGUCCUGGCCAGAGCAUGGGGUCCCUGAGUCCAGCAGCACUCUCAUCCAGUUUGUCAAAGCCAUUCGGGCCAACAGGCAUGACAACACCACCAUGGUGGUACACUGCAGUGCUGGUGUGGGCAGGACAGGUGUGUUCAUCGCUCUCGACCACCUCAUUCAGCACAUCAGUGACCAUGACUUUGUGGAUGUGUACGGACUGGUGGCAGAGCUACGCAGUGAGAGGAUGUGCAUGGUACAGAAUCUGGCACAGUACAUGUUCCUGCACCAAAGCACAUUAGACCUCCUGAGUAGUAAAGGGAACAGCCAGUCCAUUUGGUUCGUCAACUACUCUGCCCUGGAGAAGAUGGACUCGCUGGACGCAAUGGAGGGUGAUAUUGAGCUGGAAUGGGAGGAGACCACCAUGUAAUGACCGACACAUUUACACCUGGUGUCUGAUGAAGAGACACUGAGUCAUAGGGCCAAAAAAGACCCUCAAAUAGACCUUUCCAGGUAGGAAGGGGGAAAACUUGGAGAGAUUGGGGGAAAAGAGACAAAGGGAGAGACCGGGGGUAGGAAUGAAAGAGUGAGAGGCAGAGGAGAAGAAGAGUAAUGAGACCAGAGCUAAGCCCCAGACCAGUUCCAGAAGAGUCUAAACAACAGCUUCUCUGCAACCGCCCACACACAAGUCCUCACCAAUGGAAACACAGAGAGAGAGAGAGAGAGAGAGAGAGAGAGAGAGAGAGAGAGAGAGAGAGAGAGAGAGAGAGAGAGAGAGAGAGAGAGAGAGAGAGAGAGAGAGAGAGAGAGAGAGAGAGAGAGAGAGAGAGA